GUCUGGUUUGGUUUCUAAUGGCUCUUCGUGAUGAUUUUGAGAGGCCUUCUGCAAUCCAACAAAGAGGAAUUUUUCCUUUCUGCAAAGGUCUGGAUGUGAUUCAACAGGCUCAGUCAGAAAUUGGGAAGACAACAACAUUUUGUUAUGGAAUUUUGCAGCAGCUCGAUUACAGAUUGGUUCAGUGCCAUGCUUUGGUUUUAACCCCUACGAGGGAGCUAGCUCAACAAAUUGAGGAGGUUAUGCGAGCUCUUGGCGAUUUCCUUGGUGUUAAGGUUCAUACUUUUGUUGGUGGGACAAGUGUUCGUGAGGAUCAACGCAUUCUCCCUGUUGCUUGUUUGUUAUGAUCAGUAUUAAGGAAUUGAUUUUGGUUUGGUUCACAUGCUUUCAAUUGUUGUUCUAUUUGUUUGCUAUUCUCUCAUGUGGUUCAUCUAUUUGGUUGUUUCUCUCUUUGUUUAGUUUGGUUUGGUGUAGUUUAGUUUGGUUUGAUAAGAUUUAGUUUUGUUUGG